AUGCCAGUGAUUUCAACAAGAAGUGUUGCUGUAUACCUGUGUUCUCUCUCAGCAUCUGAGGAUGCGAACAUGCCAAGUCAAUGCUGUUUUGAAUAUUUUCCACAAAGAAUUGGAAAACAGUUUGUCCAGAAGUACGUAAAGACCAGGAGCGAAUGCUCCAAACCAGGAGUCAUCUUUGUCACAAGAAGAUCCAAAAGACUCUGUGUGGAUCCCAGCGUUGACUGGGUGAAGGGGGUCAUGAAGGAUCUGGAUCGUCGCCUUUUGAUUUAACCACAACCUCCCAGGGCAAAAAAAUACAGAGAAACAUAGUCUAGCUUGCAAGCUUCUAUCUUUCAAAACUUUAUCACUUUCAA